GGACCUAAUAGUUAAAUAUUAAAUAGAUCUAUAGUUAUAUUAAAUAUACAUUAUUAAGAGGAAGUUAAAACCCCAAAUUUAAAACAGCGAGUUAGGAAAAUUUUAAGUGUUUAGUAAAUAGUAUAUAAAAUUAGGAAAAAACCACAAAAAUCUCUAGAAUUUCAUGAUUAUAUCUAAAAAUUGACAAAAAUAUUGCACUUUUAGGGUCAUAAAAACUCAAAUUCAUCAUUCAGUAAGGUAUGCAGAAAAUAAAAUUUAUUUAGGCAGAACGGCAUAAAUUUUAACCACAUAUAAUAUACAUUAAUACAAACAUUUUAGACUAUAAUCAUUAUAAAAAAAAUUUGACCAAUUUUUUAAACAUGAGACUUAAAAACUUGUAAAAAAAUAAAGUUUUAAUAAUGCAGAACUGAUUGCAGUCUAUUUUUUAAAGCAGUGUUUAGUGAGCAUGUGUACAAAUUUUUAAUGAAAUAUCUCAUGUAGAUUUUAGGUAAAUGUUGCUAAUGGGUACUAUUUUUUUUUAUAAAAAGUGACAUUUUGAGAAAAUGAGAAAUAGUGAAAAUAUGCAAUUUUUGAGAAAAAUGAGAAAAAGUGAAAACUACAAAAAAAUUAAUAUUUUAAACCUCCCAGUUAUAAAAGUUGCAUCUGGGACCACUAUCUUAGCCGAUAGAAAAGCUUUUUAAGUUGUUUUUUAUUUUUUUUUAUUUUUAGGUUGCUUAAUUAUGCAAAAUAUAGGUGAAUUUAGUCAUUACUCUAAUUGAUUUAAAAAAUUAUAAAACAUACUACCAACAUUUAAUCAAGCAAAAUAAUUAGACAAAACUGCUCAGAAUUGAAUGUAGUUUUAAAAACAAUAAUUGUUGAAAAAUUGAAAUUUCUGAUUUAAAAGAGUAUUUUAUGGGGUUUAAACUGCCCUAAAUGUAAUAUUCUUGUUAUAGUAGUAGUAGUAGGGUUAAAAUAGUUAUUAUUUUAGUUAUAGUAGUUAAAAGUUAAAGUAGUUAUGUUUUAGUGACAGGUACAGUAGUUAGAAACUUUACUACUUAAUAUAAUUAUAUUAGUUAAUUAAGUAUAGAUAUUAGCUUAAUUAGGAUAGUAUAGAAUUGGGCUUAGCCUGCCUAGGCCUAUAUACUGCUAUAGUUAUAGUUAUAAUUAAUGUUGGGCCUAAGCCUAUAAGGUACCAGAUCUAGAUACUGUAGAACAGUAUAGAAAGACCAUUGAUUUGACCACCUUUAUAGUGUAGAGUGUGCUGUAUUGUAUAGGGUAGUGGGUAGACUGUAGAGAAUAUAAAAUUUAUAAUAAAGGCCUAAAUAAUAAAUAUUAAAUAAUAUUUUCUAUUGAAUACUAUAAAUAGAGAUCAUCAUACUACUAUACUCAUAAGGCUAUUACUUAUUACUAAGUUAUUAGGCCUACUUAAAAUUACAUAGUUAGUAUGAAGGGAUUAAAAUAUUAAGAGAGAAAUCACACAAUGUACCUUUACGACAAUCACAGUCCACUUCUGAAAUUUAAAAAAAUGAAUGUUCACCACAGCAACUAUACACAUGAUGAAUGCUUAAAGCAGUCUCAGCCUUUUCCUUAGCAGAUUAGUUUUCAACAACACAACUUGAAAGCUUUGAUUUCAUUAGUUAUGAUAUCUGGUACAUCACAAAUUUAAAUUAACUGCACCUAGUGGACAAUGAACAAUGAAAUAGCUUUGCGCACCAGCAAAGGAGAAUAUUUGCCAGGAGAAACAGUUUAUGGUGCUGUAUAUCUUCUAAUUUGUCGUCCAACUGAGGCCAAUGGUGUGAUUGUUUCUUUUAAAGGAAUUGAGACAUGUAUUUAUGAGUAUGAGUUUGAUGGUAAGAAAACACUGAGAAAUGAUACAAUUCAUGUGGAUUUCUCUAACAUCAGUUUGUUCUCUCAAACAGAAUCUUUCCAGUUUGGUGCCUAUGUCUUCCCUUUUAGAAUUCAGCUGCCAAAAACAAUACCAGGUACAUUUCAAUGCACUGGCAAAACAGAACGUGCUCUUUGGAAUAUUGAUGUGUCGUAUACACUGCGAGCUCAAGCAGUGGGAGCAGAUGGGAUCAUGGUGUCCCAACAGAUUGUUGUUUAUCAAGCUGAACAAAAAGAUAUAGAAGACAAUUUUGUUGGGAGUGCAGCUGAUAAAAGUUUUCAAACUUCUUGGUUCCCAAUUCAAAACAAAAAACUGCAUCUUACUGUCAGACUGGUUGAAAAUUGGGUUGAAACUGGAUCAAAUCUUCAACUGAAGCUCAUUGUAUCCAAUCCAAGUAGAAAAAAAGUCACAGGGUUUACUAUAAAGCUAUUGCGCUACUUAAAGCUUGCCAUUAGAGACAAUGACUCUAAGACAAGAAAAGUCUUGGAUAACAUGGAAUUUUCUGAGGAUGAAAUCAUUAUUGCUCCAGAAUCUGGCCCUCAUUUAAUUAGUAGUUUGUCAGGGGAAUCUGAUCUACUAAUGAAUGGAAAGUUGAGUGUAGGUUUAGAUAAAUUACAGAUCCCUCUGGUGGAGAAGGUGAUGGAGACACAGAUACCUGUACCCCCAACUGUUACAGGGAAACAUGUCAAGAAUCAAUAUGGCUUGGAGAUUUCAAUCAAGAUUAAUGAUUUACCAGUAGAACCUUUGACCUUGCACAUCCCAGGCAUCUUACCAAAAAAAAAUAAAGAGUGGUUACAAUGGACUCCACCACACUGGACUUCCCAAACAGAAGUCAAGCAAGCAUCCUCUGUUUUUAAUGUGCCUGAUCACUUACUACGAACUGAAGCUUUUUCUGGUUUACCUCCAUUUCAAGUGUUAUAACACCUAUUUUAUAUAUAUAUAUAAACAUUUUAAAAGUAUAUUGUUAUAUCAAACGUAAAUAGUUGCACUAAGAUACAUCAAAAUUUUUUAAAAUGUACGUAUUUAUAUAUUUAACAUAUAAAUUACAAAAUGGUUUUUAUGAAUAUACUUAGCAUACACUUCAUGUUUAAUAAGUUAUUCAGUGUAAUAUUAUUCCAGUAUGCUUAUUUCUAGCUAAUGAACAUAUCUUGAGCCGUUUUUGACCAUGUAUUAUAGUGUGUAUGUAUUAAUGUUCACUUUUAAACUCAUAACCAACACAUCAUUUCAUGUUUAUAAUUUAUGUGAUAUCUAACUUAAGUAAAAUGUUUUAAUCUUACUGUC